UUUCUGUGCCGUGGAGCGGGUUCGGCGAGCUGCGCGGCGUUAAUGUCGAAAUGACAUGCUGAAUAAUGAGUGAUGGGCCAAAUUACAGGCUGAACAAUGAAUAGAGGAAGACACUUCUUAUUAGUCUCCAUAGAAAGCCGUUGAUUUAUGAAGCGCCUCGCUCGGCGGAGUUACUCUCCUGAAAAUGAUAUCUACAUUGAGAAGUGAUGUUCUCUAUUAAGUCGCGCCCCCCUCCCCGCUCCCACACCUCCUUUUUGCACUGCUCUCCUCCCUCCCUCCUUUCUCUACGAUGCGUGCACGUGAUUGUUUAGAACCGGGCGGGCGCCGCGAGGAAGCCUUCAAUUACCCAUUAGGACUGUCAAGACAUAAAGCGGGCCGCGCUCUCACCAAAAGUCUUGGUUAUGAUUCAUUUACUUUGUGCCCCCCCUGAUUCAUCGGCCAAUAUGCCUCAUGCUCCAGAUUACUAUUUGAGGGGUGGGAAAGAUUGAUGGCUCUGUGGGAUCCGCCGCCGUAUUUCACGGGCGCUCUGCUCGCGGUACGGUUCGGUCGGCGGGCCAAGUGUGAGAUGACAGCGGCUUACACUAGAUCAAUGUGUGGACAGCCUUUCACAGAUUAUUAAAGCUCGGUUAGAUUAAAAAAAAAAAAAAAAGGCCGGCUCUGUAGUUUAGCUGAAGUCAUUAUUCUACAUUGGAUCAGAAAGGGGGGAGGGUCCCUUGCAAAGGAUCCCCGGCGCUGAUGUAGGUCAUCACGGCUGCUAAUGGAAUAACACUCUGUGACACGAGUGUCACAAGUAACUGUGUCAUUUUUUUCCAUCGCCACACACGAAGCCGCUGCCCCCCCCACCCCCCCACACUUUUUCAUGAAGCGAUUUGACACCCCCGGAGGUUUUGUUGAAAUUAGCCAUUCUGAAAUGACUUUUGUACUGUAAACGCUAACAGAUUGCUCAAUUACUGUCUUCCUGUCUGCGUAACCCCCCCCCCCAACCCCCCCCCCCCCCUUUAUGAAAACCGCUCAUAACGCUCCUCUCGCCUCUCGCGCAGCCCUCAACGAACCCACCAUCGACUAUGGUUUCCAGAGGCUGCAGAAGGUCAUCCCAAGACACCCCGGCGACCCCGAAAGGUUACCAAAGGAGGUGUUACUGAAGAGGGCGGCUGACCUCGUGGAGGCCCUGUACGGGAUGCCCCACAACAAUCAGGAGAUCAUUCUGAAGAGGGCAGCUGACAUCGCCGAGGCCCUGUACAGCGUUCCCCGCAACCACAACCAGAUCCCCUCUCUCGCCAACACGGCCUCCCACGGCAUGAUGGGAGUCAACUCCUUCAGCAGCCAGCUAGCAGUCAACGUGUCUGAGUCACAAGGGAACGACCAAGUGGGCUACAGCCGGAACACCAGCAGCGUGUCCCCCCGGGGCUACAUCUCCAGCAGCACCCCGCAACAGUCGAGCUACAACACCGUCAGCAACAGCAUGAACGGCUACGGCAAUGCCGGCAUGAACCUGGGAGUGCCAAGCUCCCCGGGGUUCCUCAACGGAUCCUCUGCCAACUCCCCAUAUGGAAUUAAACAAAAGAGCGCCUUCGCCCCUGUGGUCCGACCCCAGGCCUCCCCACCCCCCUCCUGCACCAGCGCCAACGGCAACGGACUGCAAGGUGAGCCCCCCUCACCCCCUCAUCCUUUCCCUACGGACUACUGGUCAGAUACUGCUGCUCAGGCCUCUGUCCGGUUUGCCAUGUCCGGCCUCGUCGUCCCACCGAUGUAAAUGCACUUUCAUCAUCUCAAGCACCAGUCUACCACUUUCACAGGACACGCCCCCCCCCCACCUUCUCCCCCCCUCCUUUGGGCACACAACAGCAAAAAAAAAAAUACAAAAUAAAAAAGCACUUGUGCCAUGUAUAGUUCCGACUGCUCGUUCUGAAUCUUUUCAAAAUGACCCCGCGGAAGAAAAAGGAUCUCACGAGGAAGCGCAUUUUUUUUCUCCUCCUUUUUUUUUUCUGUGGGACUUCGCUUUUGUUUUGUUUGUUUCCCCGCCCCCUCAUUCCAUCACCCUUGACGAGGACACAGGAUGAUGAAGGGUUUAUUUUGUAUACUUGUCGGCUUGCGCUUCGGCCUUGGAUCCGUCCGAUCGACCACACGUUCAAUACUGGAAGGGACUCUGUGGACUCGCCAUUGUACAGUAAAACAAAAACAAACAAAAAAACAAAAAAAAAAACACUGAUGUACAGUACAUUUGCCAAUGAACUUGUUUGCCUCAGAAAAUUGUUGUUUAUUAUUAUGAUUAUUUUUUUUUUUUGCUUUUUCCUUUUUUCUUCCUGUUCCGACUCUCUUUUAAUAGAUCCACACACAGAAGUUGUGCGUCUUUAUAAUGUGACUUUUUUUGUAUUUUUAAAUGUGAUUGGGGUGGGUUGGAGAGGGGUGGGGUGGGGGGGGGCACAUGGGCCAAGACAGUUUCAACUGGAAAUUAUAAGAGAUAUAUAAUGUAGUUCAUUGAUCAUUAAAUUACAAGGGAGGGUGGGGGGAACGAGGGGGGUUGGGGGGGGGAGGGCCGGUGAAGUUGUACCAUGUUUCAUUCCUGCAUUUUAACUUAAAUUUUGUAAUUUAUUGUAGCUCGGGAAAAAAAAAAAAUCAUCUUCAAAUGGUAAAAAAAAAAAAAUUCUCUUUGACUCAACAAGCACACUGAUGUGUACAAAACACUGCUCUGUUGAUGAAUAUGAUGUACUUCCAUGUCUAGAGCUUCCUUUUAAGCAAGUGUGUUUGCCAUGUUUUUCAACUUUUUUGCUAGCACUGUAUAUUAAUGCAUUCCUAGGCUACUGUGAAGUCUGUUUCUUGUUGAUGAGGAGCAGUCUCUCUCCCCUUCUAUAGCUCCAACUCCCUUAUGUGUUUUAUAUGUGGUUACAAAAAAAAAAAUGGUAGACUAUUGUGAUAUUGCCAAACUUGUGCUAAAUAUUUAUACAUCUGUCUUUUUCAUGUUCUUUUAGAUCAACACACAAAAAAAAAAUGUGUAAAAAAAAAAAAAGGAAAAAAAUGAAAAAAAAAAGUCCAAAAGCAAAUCCAUCGAGAAUGUAGGCGUGCAGUAGUUCAUUGUCAUGUUUCUGUUCCAACACACACUUGCGCUCACUGAGGGAAAUUUUGUAACAUAUCAACUAUAAAUAAUGUAUUUAUCUCGGAAAUUUUGUAUAUUGCUUUUCAUUAUGUAUGUAUUAAUCGUCAUUGCCCUUAAUAUAGUGAUGCAGCACAGAUAAUUCAGCCAAGAAAUGUUGCCUUCAUUUGUUUUCUUUUUCUUUUUUUUUGUUGUAUUUGAUGAAAUGCAAUGUGCAUAUAUUUCAUGUGUAUUCUCAAAAAUUUGUGUUACUCCGUCAAGACUCUCUUGUCCAGUUUUUCUUUCUUUUCCUUUUUUUUUUUUUUAAAGGGGAAGUCAAACUUCAUUGUUUAUUUUUAUAUUGAUUUUAAAUUAUCUAUACAGACCAUUUUUGGAGAAAACUUUGUUGGUUGUAUUGUCAAAUAAAUUGUUUGUGACCCAUAUGAUAGUUGUUAAGAUCCAAUAGAUACUAAUGUGCAUGAGGGACAACUUGGAGAUAAAAAUCUGAAAAUCAAAAAACAACAAGAAGAAGAAAAAAAAAUAACAGGCUCCAUUUGUGGUUGUAUUAUUUUCUGUUUUUGUAGAAUGUAAAGAAGUCGUUUUUCCUCACCACUUAUGACUCUGCCACAUAGCUUACGCGUGUUUACGGGGGAGAAACAUUAAAAAUGUCAACAUUUGGAAUGGAAAAUUGAUGUUUUAUGAAAAUUUUUGCAGUUAAAAACAAAAAGCAAACCCCCCCCCCCAAAAAAAAAACAAAAAAACACGCUUUCCCCCCCCCCCAACACUGUGGACUUCUUGAGCGCGAGCAACCACUCAAACGGACCACCGGGAGGACGAGGUGCGCAGCUGAGAUGACGUCGUUAUGUGGUAAAGUCGAACCUCUGCAAAAUAUGGAGCAA